AUGGCAGUUUCCUUCGUCUCCACCGCCACGCUUAGCCGUUCGGCUGCACACGCUUCUUCUAUUUUCAAUUUCACCGCCGGCUUCCGGUCGAGAUCCAUCAGAAUCGACGGCAGAAAUUACUGCAGCAAAAGGCGGGUAACGUCGUCGCAUUCCAACCCCAAGAUUUUGAAGUCCAACCGCCGCUCCAGACACGGAAAACCGCUCUCUCCGUACGAUACCGAGGAUGAAGACGGAGGCGGCGAUGGCGCCGAUUCUGAUGAAGAAGACGACUGGUUUGCUAACGACGAGUUCAAAAUUUCCGAGGUCGACAGGCAGCGGUUGAAGCUGAAGAGCACAGCCAGGAGCAGCAGAAAGAAAAAAGUUCGGGACUUGCACUCGUCCAGCCCCAGAUAUGACAUCGAAUCCCAACAGAUUAAGUCUUCUGUAAAGAAUGGUGCAUAUGCUCAAGGAAAGACUAAUAUGGAUAGUUUCUGCAGUGGUUCGACACAUAUUCGCACUUCCAAAGACAAGCAAAUAGGAAACUCUGCUGGUACUAGAUUCUCCCAUUUUGCCGAAGAACUGGACUUAGACGAAAGAUCCUUUCCACUUCUUGAUUAUCUAAGCACCUUUGGACUUAAGGAAUCUCACUUUGUCCAGAUGUACGAGAGGCAUAUGCCGUCUCUUCAGAUUAAUGUGGAAUCAGCUAAGGAAAGGCUGGAAUACCUGGUGAGUAUUGGCGUUAAACACAAAGACAUCAGAAAGAUAAUUUUGCGACAGCCUCAAAUCCUACAAUACACAGUAGAAAACAAUCUCAAGUCCCAUGUUUCCUUUUUGGUUAGCUUGGGCAUUCCAGAAUCAAGAAUCGGGCAAAUAAUUACUGCCACUCCGUCGUUGUUUUCCUAUAGUGUGGAGAACUCCUUAAAACCCACAGUUAAGUAUUUGCUGGAUGAGAUAGGGAUCCACGAGAAAGAUAUCAGUAAGGUUUUGCAGUUAAGUCCUCAAAUCCUGGUUCAGCGGAUAGAUCAUUCGUGGAAUACUCGUCUUAGUUUUCUGAUGAAAGAGCUCGAUGCUCCUAGGCAGAGCAUUGUGAAGAUGGUCACUAAACAUCCUCAAAUCCUUCACUACAGCAUCGAGGAUGGAUUACUUCCUAGAAUCAAUUUCUUGCGAAGUAUUGGUAUGCAAAAAUCCGACAUACUGAAAGUACUGACAAGCCUUACGCAGGUGCUCUCGCUCUCAUUGGAGGGAAAUUUGAAGCCUAAAUAUAAAUACUUAAUCAAUGAGCUUCGGAAUGAGGUCCAUUCUCUGACCAAGUAUCCGACAUAUUUGAGUCUCUCUUUAGACCAACGGAUCAGGCCGCGUCACAGAUUCUUGGUUUUGUUAAAGAAAGCCCCAAAAGGGCCGUUUCCUUUGAGUUCAUUCAUUCCAACUGAUGAAAGCUUCUGCCAGCAAUGGGCGGGAACUAGCUUGGAUAAAUAUCUUGAUUUUCGCCAGAGAUUACUGCUCAAAGAGUUUGCCAAGAAAUAUGAGAAGCAGUGAUGUGCUUCAAUCCCCUUCCUAACUUGCGACCUCCAGGCAGAUGUUUCCAACUUCCUACUAAAUGGAAUAUAGCGGAGAUGAAUUAAUUCAAGAGAAUUACCCAGCCAUGGUAAAACUGCUCGCUGUUUUGUGUUUCACCAUGGUUUGACUGCAAGGAAGUGGUAUAGGAUAGAUGUAUUCAAAUAUUUACAAGCUGCCUGAGGAAUUGAUGGAGUUCCGUAAUGAAGCUUGUUAAAAAUGUAUGCAAAGCACGCAAGGACUGUUCACGGACUGCUGCUGGCGCUGACAAUCCAACCUACACUGAAUAUCGGUCUCCAUCAUAUCAAGGUUCUCGACAGUAUCAUCAACGAAUGCCUACGUGACACAGCAGACACACAUAACAAUCACACUUUUCUCCACACCAUAAUCUGCACAUUUCCAUCAAGUCACUUUCUCCAAACAAGAACAAAUUGGUGUCUUGUUUCCAUGGCUUGGAUGGGACAACCCUCAAUCACACAAAACUAUGUGUUGGUUUUGUGUCCACAAGAUUUGCCAUUUUUUCAAGGGUACCACCAAAUUGUAUGGACCAAUGAAAUCCCAAUACACACAUAUAUAUAUAUAUAUAUAUAUAGAUAUUCUUACACUUGGAACAGAUAAAGAAAGGGUAAGUAACAGAAACAAGAAUGUAGUGAAAACUAAGCAGGUAAUAAAAGACACAAUUAGCUUGUCUGAAGUUAUUUGAUCUGCUGACCCUUUUUUU